AUGUUUAUGAUUGUAACAUAUAUAAAUAUGUCAUAUGUUAAAUGAAAAUAAUUCGUUAAAAUUUACUUGCAAUAGCCUUGUAAUAUAGUGAAGUUAUAAGUAAAAAGAAAAGAAAAAAUGGUUGAAGAAGUUCCAUUGAGAAAAUCUAUUAUAAAGUUGGAUGUUCCUGCAGUUGUAGCUUUUGGUAAUCCUUUGCUGGAUAUCUAUGUAACAUUGAAAAAUGAUGAUCUGUUGAAGAAAUAUAAUCUUUCUGCGGAUGGAGAAAUGGAACUUCCUGCUGAAAAAAUGCAAGAGCUGCUGGCAGAUUUACCAUUAGAAUCACAACAUAGAUUCAGUGCUGGAGGAUCAGCACAAAAUUCAAUGAGAAUUUUACAAUGGCUUUGUGAUGAAACUCUACAAAAUCGAUACACUAUAUACUGUGGAGGAAUUGGUAAUGAUUCAGGAGGAAAAAUGUUGGAAAUCCUAGUUAAAUCAGCAGGUGUGGAUGUCAGAUAUGCAGUUCAUCCAACUUUAUCUACAGGACAUUGCAUAGCAUUAACAAAUGAAUUAACUCGUAGUCUUGUUGCAAAUAUAGGAGCUGCUGGUGUAUAUACUCUAGAUGAUCUUAAGAAAAGCAAUUUAUCAUUGGAUACAAUAAAAAUAAUUUAUAUUGAAGGUUUUUUCUUGACACACAGUUUUCCUACAGUAAAAGCACUUGUUAAACAAGCAGAAGAAAGAGAUAUAAUUAUAGCUUUCAACCUAAAUGGAACAUAUAUAUUUAAUGAUCAUCAUAUAGCAAUUUGUGAAAUGAUAGGAUAUGCAAAUAUUGUAUUUGGUAAUGCAAGAGAAAUGGAGGCCUUGGCUCAAUCAUUAAAUGUUGCAUAUGAAGAUGUAACAGAUAUACCAUUUUUAUUGAAUAGCUUAAAGAGAAUUACAGUUAAUAUUUCUAAUACAGUCAAUGCAGAUUGGUUGCGUCAUGGGGGAGUAUUUGUUAUGAGUCAAGGUGAUUCAGCUCCAGCAAUUACUGUUUGGGGAAGAAGUCAAUCUGUUCAAGUACAACCAAUUAAACCAAAAGGCCCUGUUGUAGACACAACAGGUGCCGGUGAUUCUUUGGUAGCUGGUUUUCUAGCCGGCGUUUUAGCUCGAUGGAAACCAAAACAUUGCUUAGAAUAUGGUUGCAAAGUAGCAUCUUUUAUGGUAACCAGACUUGGGGUUAUGUUACCAGAUAAUGUGCCACCAGAUUUAUUGGAAUAACAAGUAUAAUUAUUUACGGAUCAUCACUAAAUAAUAUUUACCUAUCUCAUGCGAAAGUCUAUAAAUAAUUUUUAUUCAGAGUUUUAUUAGAAAAAGAAUUGUUGUGAUAAUAGAAAUAAAGUUUUGUAUUUAUGUUUAUAGUUUUUAGCGAUAUCGUAAUUUUUUUUUUUUUUUUUUUUUUGUUGAAAAAAGAUUAUACUAGUAGAUUUAAUCAUGCUGUUAGUCAUCUUAAAAAUGAUGAAAUAAUAUUUUCAACAUUUUUUCGCUCGAAAAGCGAAAUAUAUAAUUUUGUUUAGAUGUACAUAAAUUGUAUCGCAUUGUACAAAAAAAUCUUAAGUUUGAGCAAGAAGAAUUUAGCCCAUAAAAAUUAUUUAAUUGUUUAUUAUCGAUGUUGACUUAUUAGAAAGAUGCUAUAUCUACAUAGAAACAAUAAUAUACAAUAGUACUGUACAAAUUUAUUUUUACAAAUAAAAUUAUUUUGGAAAAUA